GUUCUCAUAUUGCACAGUGUGCUCGAUGGAAUGAAUGACCUGCUUCAGGUGGAACAAGGUGGUAAUGCCAUGGUCGACAAUGUCCAAGUCAUUCCAUUCUAUUUCUACUUCAAAGCAGCCUCAGCGGAAGCAGAUCAGCUUAUAAAAUUGGUGAAUAAAAUCCUAGAACUCGUUAGCGGCCUCCCAGGUGGAAUAGAAGCGCUUCUUGAAACUACUCACAAGGUUGCUGAAAACUUCGACAGCCCACCACCUGUUUCGCCCUUCUUGGGGCUCAUCAGGUAUGCGCAGUCCCCGAGUUUCCGUCAACCUUAUGUUCUACUUGAACCCAAAUCGAGAAAUAAACUCAUUUGCGUAUCAAUUUGUUUUUUCACGAGAGACCCAACUGAGUCUCUCGUUUAUGAUAUUCUACAACUGAAUGUGCUGCACACAGGCCGCCCCAUGUUUCAGUUGGUACGAUAUUCGAGACAUCGCAUGUAUUCGCAACAAUGCGAAAAUAGUGUGGAUGCGUAUCCUCUCGAAGUUGCCAACUUCAAAGCUGAACUGAAGACCACACCAGAAAUGGCAAGUUUGCUGAAUGCUGAAGAAAGGCCAAACAAGAACUUGGAAUCACAACUCCGGUCAGAUAUCAAGACGCUAAUGAAAGGGGAAUUUACAGAUGCACGUGUUUACAAAUCAGCAACAGUGGAUUACUUGGUGUCCGAGGGAGAGAAGCUUAGUGUCGCGUUCCACGUUAACUUUGAUGGUUAUCGUGUUGAUACCAGCAAGUUGGAUGAGUGGAAGGAUGACCCGAUUGACAGUACACUUUUGACGCGCGUUACGACUCAAGGUAGGUAUCCAACGCACAAACGGAUCACUUGCUCAAACCUGAAGAGUGUGAAGUUGGAUAUCUUGGUCCCUCGGGCAGCCACCGGAUGAUGUUGUGCUACAACAAACUUGGGGAAAACCGCUUGUCUAUGCGCUGAUUAUAUUCGUGCUUUCAUGUCAGUGGCCUUCAGCUUACUCGCA